AUGGGCCAUAUUGUUCACCCAAAACGGAAAACAAAGGCAAUGCAUAACAUUUUACUCCACGAACGUCGUCGACUCUCAGCGCGACAGAUGCUUGGUGCUUGCAUAAUGACCGGAAUGCCAUAUACAAAAGGUGCUCGCUUUCUUUCUCUUUGUGGAACUAAGCCCCCUGUGAAGAGUGGUGUCAUGAGACAACAGAGAUUUUGUGACGAUAAGAUUAGAAGACUUAAAAGUAUUUCCCUAAUGCUGUCGAGAAAGUCCUUCAGUGGUUACUUAUCCAUUGAUGCAAGAUGGACGCACAGGCGAAACUCGCCAAGUUGUACAGUAACUGCGCUCGAUGCUGUCACAAAAAGAGUUCUUGCAUGCGUGAACAUCAACCAUAUUGGUGGAAACAGACAGCAUGCUCAGUAUUCCGGAGCUUCCAACAAUAUGGAAAGUGCUGGAACUCGAAUCAUCUUGAAGCAAUUAAAGAAAUACAAUAUCUUGAAAGAUGUUAAAGAGAUUAUUAAAGACCGAGAUAACAAAAGUGUCUCUGUCUUUAAAGAAUUUGGCGUCUCUCAUCUUGAAAGAUUCGAUCCAGGUCAUGUAUCAAAAAAUAUCUCAAAAGAUUUUACAAAGUUCUCAGCUUCUCAUAAGACAGUUGAAGUUUUCAACGACAAGACUCAGAAGAUUGAAAAAAUAGAGAGACCUUUCUGGGGUCUGAAUGCAAGCCUAAGUAUGUGGCUUUGGUCAUGUUUUGCCGAAGAAAAUAUUGACAAACGUACGAAAAUGUGGGAGAAUUGUGUCUACCAUUACGUAGGCAAUCAUUCUUUUUGCGAACCGCACAAUUACAAAUGCUUUGAAUGGCAAAAAGGUGUCAAUUCGAUCCAACUUCAAUUCAUGCUCUAUGACUGGGUUCACAAAUGGACACCCAUAGUUUCCAAAGUUUCUUCCAUUGGAUCUACCUGCAUGAAUGAAGCGUUUAACUCCAAAAUUGCAUGCUAUUUGGACAAAUCAAGAGCCUGGAAGAACAUUAACAUUAGAGUUAACGUUGCAAUCUUAGAAUGGAAUGAUCCAGAGCAUUUUCUCGGAGAUAUACAAAAAGCAUUACAUCUUCCCCCACUUCCAGAAGAUUGUGUCAAAUCAUUUGAAGAGAAUUGUUACUCCAAAAUGAUAUUGAAACAAAAAACUGUUACAAAAGGUUCUAAAAAACAGAACAAAUACAAAAAAUCCAUUCAGAGUGUACCAGGAAGAGAUUAUCAAGUUUUCAAGUCCGAAUGGGAAUCAGAAGACGAAGACAUUGAUGACUUUGAUUAA